UCAUGCUGCAGGGAUCAGACGAGAACCAGAGAAGAACCAGAACCAGCACCAACAACAUGUCGUUCACAUCAUCCCGACACUCUUCCUAUAAGAAGAUGUUUGGAGGAGAGCGAGUGGCCCAGAGGAGCUCCUCCAGCAGCCGGCAGCUCUCCACUCCGCUGCGCUCCUCCCGGGUGUCCUACAGCCUCUCCUCCGCGCCGCCGGCCCUUUACGCACAGAGGACGCAGCGGCUCCGGAGCAGCGCGGCCAUGCCCCGGCUCUCCUCCGACAACCUGGACUUCUCCCUCACCGACGCCAUCAACAGCGACUUCCUGGCGAACCGCACCAACGAGAAGGCGCAGAUGCAGUCGCUGAACGACCGCUUCGCCAGCUACAUCGACAAGGUGCGGUUCCUGGAGCAGCAGAACAAGAUCCUGCUGGCGGAGCUGGAGCAGCUGCGCGGCCAAGGCACGUCCCGGGUCGCGGAUCUGUACGAGGACGAGAUGCGGGAGCUGCGGCGCCAGGUGGACCAGCUCACCAACGAGAGGGCCCGGGUGGAGGUGCACCGGGACAACCUGGUGGACGACAUCGACAGCCUGAGAGAGAAGUUGCAGGAUGAGAUAUGCCAGCGUGAGGAGGCUGAGUCCAACAUGCAGAGCUACAGACAGGAUGUGGACAAUGCUGCCCUCUCCAGACUGGACCUGGAGCGGAAGGUGGAGUCGCUCCAAGAGGAAAUCAACUUCCUCAAGAAGCUGCAUGACGAGGAGAUGCUGGAGAUGCAGAGUCAGAUCCAGCAGCAGCAGCAUGUGCAGGUGGACAUGGACAUAGCCAAGCCCGACUUGACAGCUGCCCUGAGGGACGUGCGUCUGCAGUACGAGAACCUGGCCUCCAAAAACAUCCAUGAGUCUGAGGAAUGGUACAAAUCCAAGUUUGCUGACCUCACCGAAGCCGCAGCCAGGAAUAAUGACGCUUUGAGGGUGGCCAAGCAGGAGUCCAAUGACUACAGACGCCAAGUCCAGGCACUCACUUGUGAGGUGGAUUCCCUCAAAGGCACUAAUGAGUCCAUGGAGCGCCAGAUGAGGGAGACAGACGAGAACUUCUCCCUGGAGACAAACGGUUACCAGGACAACAUCAGCCGUCUGGAGGAGGACAUUCACAACAUGAAGGACGAGAUGGCCCGUCAUCUCCGCGAGUAUCAGGACCUCCUAAAUGUCAAGAUGGCCCUGGACAUUGAGAUCGCCACCUACAGGAAGCUGCUGGAAGGAGAGGAGAGCAGAAUCUCAGCUCCCCUCCCGAACUUCUCAUCUCUCAACCUGAGAGAAACAAUGAUUGAUACUAAACCUCAUUUCGAAAAUAUAACAACUAAGAAGGUUCUCAUUAAGACCAUUGAGACCAGGGAUGGUCAGGUCAUCAACGAGUCGACCCAGAACCAUGACGACAUGGAGUGAUAGCAUCUCUGUCUUUGUGAAACACCACCAGAAGCAAUACGAAGAAAACACAGUUCACCGUAGCUACGAGCAAGCAAACAACACACAAAGAGCAAACCGCUUCGAAAAGUGCCUUUAUAUGUGAUGAGCCUGUUAGUCGACACAGACUGUAUUUUGCUUUCUCCUCUGCUGAAAGUCUCUUGUUACAUUUGUUCAGACACAAUAGUGAAAUCAGCACAACAUAGAAACCCUCACUGAGGUCUGCAGAAAUCUUUCUUUGUAACCAAAGUAGUAUUUUUGAUUAAUACAUAGCGUGCACUCUCCAGGAAACCUGUAUGCUGAAGAUGUCACUUGAAGAUAAGCAAUAAACCAUUAAGACUGAAACUCA